CUCACUCCGCUCACUUGUUUCGAGAUCGAGAUCAAGUUCGAGUUCGAGAUUCUCAAAUAGGAUUUUUAUAUGAUGGAUAUAUAGGAAUAAGGGAAUCGUAUUUUUAAGUCAAAGUCCCCUUGUAGAAAAUUAGCCGGAUGAUCUGGCCGCGAAACUAUCUUUUGGGCAGAAUUGUCUUAGAUAUAUUGUGUGUACACAAAUAUCUAAUAAAAGUAUGUUAUUUUUCAAAGACGUACAAGGAAGCUUUAGUUAAGCUCAAGAGACUGACUAAGACAGACAACGUGUUAUCUUUAAAGUCAGAAGAUAGUGCUUCAGAAGCACAGGCUCAGUUAACACUAGCUGUGAAAAGACAGAAGUUACGAGCCGAAGCCAGUGAGCUGUUAACAAGUUUGAUGGAUGACCAACAAGAUAAUCAAUUGGAAAAAAAUUCACCAAAUCUAAAAAACCAAGAGGAUUUGCUUCCAGUAGCAAGAACUACUCAAACCUAUAAGAAGUCUUCACCAACCAAAUACAAGAAGAAAGGGUCACGCAAGUCAGCAUCAGUAGAGUCAUCAGCAACAUCAACAGUAGAAGAACCAGGAAACGCAUCAGAACAAGUAGCAUCAGGAGACGGAUCAGACCAAGCAGCAGCAACAGGACAUGAAUCAGAUCAAGCAGCAACAGCAGGACACGGAUCAGCCAGUACAGCAACAGCAGGACACGGAUCAGGCAGUACAGCACCACCAGGAAAAGAAAAUACGGAGUGAAGAUACCCAUGAAAACUUAUGAUGAAUUCCAAACUUUCGAAGGAAUGUUGGAGAAUAAUUCUUAUUUUAAGAAAGAUGUGUAUGUCGAAUUCAAGUCAGCGAUGGAUAAUGAUCUGUCAAUAUCUAAAUAAAAGGUACGCAUGUUAAAGAAAUUCAUGGCAAAGGACUUAGCAAUACAGUUCACAGUGUUGAAGGUCUCUGCACUGAAUAAAAAUAAAUACAAGUUCAAGAGUACACAUUUGUGUACAUUGAUGGAAUUAUUAAUUAACAAACUGAAAAAGGAAAAUAACCUGGCUGUAGAGCAAGAAGCAAUGAAUAAUGCCUUAUCUGAUGUUCUGACAAAUGUGUCCAAGUGGAAAGAAUAAUUAUUAUUUUAAAUAAUUAGUUUUUUUAUUCAGAAUGACUAAUUAAUAAUGACCAAAGACUAUUGUAAUAACUAACAUAUAUGCAAAUGACU